AUGGAAUCAAAUCAAAAAUCCGGGGAUGGAUUGGCCGGCACACAGAAAGAAGCUACCCUCCGCACAUUAAUGCAGCGCACAGGAUAUAGUUUGAUUCAGGUAGGAGUUUCCCUGUCAAAUUAUUUCUCCUUCGGGACUGCUAAUUUAAAGGUAAAUUAAGCACCCCAGCUAAAGUUCGAUCAAUGACUUUCAGAACUUAGUGCUUAAAUAAGCUGUCUCUCCCUCUCCACCCACAAUGUGUAUUGCAAAAAUAUAAACAUUAUUCUGUUAUAAGGUACAGUGCUGCAUGCAAUGGGACAUUUGAUUCCUACCUAUGCUGCACCUGGUGGUAUUCCAGAUACAGAAUGCAAAAAAAACCCCCAUGUGAUCUGGCUUAUACAGCAGCCAUGCAAUCUCCUUCAGGAGGGUGUGGUCUUCCAGAGGGUUCACAUUCCCACAACUGGAAUGAAAAAGGAAGGAAGCAGCGUUCACAUGGUGAGGGCAGCCUUUGCAUGCACUGACAGCUUCACAUGAUAGCUCUACAGUCAAGUACUACAAUGUAAGCAAUUUAAUUGGCAAAACAAAAGUCCACUGCAACCAUACAAAUCCGACUAUCUGUAUAUUCUACCCUCUCAAGUCUGUCCUGGUCCCACAAUCUCAAGUGGGCUAUGGGACAGUGUUGCUUUUGGGGGGGGCACCAAAUAUAUUGACUUGGCUGAAGGUUCUAAGAUAGCCUUCAUCAACUGGGUCCCCUCCAACUGUUUUGGACUAAAACUCCCAAUUUUUCUAAGAUACAUCUAAUGAAAGCCAAGAUGCAAGAACAGACAAAAGUUAUGACCAGGCAAAGAAAACCUUCUGGUGUGUAUAAAAAGAUAUGCAGUGUUGAGAAUUAAGCCAGUUUUUACAACAUCUUUGUUCUCUUCAGGAAAAUGGCCAAAGGAAAUAUGGAGGGCCGCCACCAGGCUGGGAUGGACCACCACCAGAAAGAGGCUGUGAGAUUUUCAUUGGAAAAUUACCCCGUGACCUCUUUGAAGACGAACUCAUCCCGUUAUGUGAAAAAGUAAUGAUUUAAACUGGGCAGAUUUCAUUCACUUACACACACACACACACACACACACACACACACAUUCAUAUCCUAGGAAUUUGACUGUGCAAACAGCAGAAAUCCUGAACCUCUCAGCAGAAUCAGGGUGGUAAAAGAGAAAAGACUCGUGCAGCUCUUCACACAUAAUAGGACAGGCAUGUUUCCUACUCUGAGAAUGUCUCCAGUAGGAAGAACACUGCCAUAUGGGAAACUGCUAGUGUGCCACAGUGGCUCAAGCAUUAGCCUUCUGUGUCUAAAGCCCAGGGUCAAAUCUCUGGUUGACUAUAGCGAUAACUAGGAGGCCUCACAUAAGUCCUACCUUUCAACCUAAUAGUUGUUGAGUGAUUCUUAUAAGGCCAAGAUAUUGCUUUGAGCUUCUUAGACUGCAGGUUUCCCACGGUCAUCUAGUUGGAACAGAAUGGGGAACUAGAUGGGCCUUUGACCUCAUCCACCAGGGCCUUUCUUAUACUCUUAUGAUGCAAUUCUGAACACAACACAGUUCUAAUAAUUUGCAUAUGACCCUGUAUGGUUUUAAGUACUUACUGGAAUCGCUAAUUUGCAAAUACAAUUCUCAAGUCAGCUUCCAGCUUCCAGGGUGCAAGCCACAGAAAGCUAAGUAUAUAGUAUCAGGAGGACUUUGUGUGUGCAAUGCCUAAGAAUGAUUUCACAAGUGAUACUAAGAAUACUUUUUAGCCUUGUCUAUGCCACUACUAAGUGUUGUUAGUGAGAUAUAUAAAAUGGAAAGAGAAUUUUUUAACUGAAUGUAAUUAUGGAACAUAUGGUGCUAUUUUCAUUUCCAGUUACGGGAAUUUUGAAAUGCUAAUUCAGAUCCAGAUACCCCUUCACCAAAGUAGCUGGAACCAACCACAAAUACUUACAAUAGUUUCCACUGCUUUAUAUAAAUGUUUUGAGCAUAUUUUAUAUGUCUGGUAACUUGCAUCUGAUGAGGUUGACACUUGCUUCCUCUCGUCUCCUGAGACAUUAAAUGUGUUAUGUCUUUAAAGGUGCCACAGGAUUCAUUGCUGUUUUUUCUUGCAGCGGACAAACUUCUGUAACUUUUGGAUUAUGUAUUCUCAAAGCCCAUUUAUAAAAUACCUAAACAAGUCAAUUGCUUUCUAUGCUGAGAUACCACGUUAACCAAUCCACGUUCAUUUGGAAACAUCAAUUCAUAUUAAGAUUCACAAUGUAAACCCAUAGGUUAAAAUGGGGAGCGUCAGAGCAGUUGGGAUGAUCUAUUACAUGCUCAAGGCUGCCAAUCAAGCAACAGCCACCAUAUCACAUCAUCACUUAUUCCACCUGUAUCCCAGUAUAUUGGCUGAAAUGUAAGUGCAGAAUGAGGAGAAUCAAGGAAAAGUUGGUAUCUUGAACUAGGUUGUAUUGUUUGUAAUACUGAUAUUGACAAAACUAGUGACACCCAUACAGUGCAAUGGACGGAGUUUGGGCCAGGAAAGACCAGGAUUUGAAUUCCUGCUCGGCUGUGAAACUCAGUGAGUAAUCAGGUGGCCAGGUGGCCUGCACUUUUGAUAUUCAUAUAGAAGAUGGAAUUUCAGCAAGUGAAAUUUCCCUCUUCCACACAACUCUUUAAAUGUGCAGCAGCACAGUCUUCUUUUACACCUGCCCCCCUUGCCAGAUGUACUUCACAAGUUUUUGUGGUGAUAUCAUGGGAAUACACCAUAUACUCUCUUGAACUCCUUGGAAGAAGGACAAGAAGCAAACAUGAUAAAAUAAACAGUACAAAUCUUCCUCCAAUAGGAUUAUCCCUGCAUUUUGGGAUCUAUGUCCCAUUUUUUAUAUUCAGCACCGUAAUAAUCACUUUCUUGCAGCUUAGUUCCGAGUGAUAGAACCUCUGAAUAUGGCAGAGUGAGCUCUUUAGACAUGAAUUAUUAUAACUGUGUCCUGAGAGAACAUUCUUAUAGCCUUUAUUCACAUCAUUGCUCCCAUUAACAUCAGUAAAACUAUUUUUGACAGUACUGCCUAGAGAAACAAGCCUUGGCAACAGGGUCAAAGGCUUCUGCGAUGAGACAAAGUAUGGGGGGAAGAUAAUGGGUGGAUGGGGUAAAUAUGACAAGUCCUCAACCACAGCCCAUUUCCUACUUAGCCAAAGAAAGUAUCGCCACUGCUCAUGACAGUGCUGUUAAAGAUGUGGAAAAAGAAAACUGCAUUGCGUGAGUAUCUAGCUAAAUCUUCAUGUGCAAUGGAGCAUUGUCUUUUCUGCUGUUAUCGGAGCUUUGGUUUUUGCUAUCUGUGGAACUGGAAUUGUUCAUCAAAAUUUCGAAGUGUGGUUGCAAUGCCCGUGAAGACUACUAAGGGCAUCAUUAGCACAGACACAGUCCUGCGUCAUAUGCCAGCAUCUUCUUGUUUUGGUGCCUUGUAGUGAUUCUUAGUGAGUGCACAAACCAUGCUUCCCCUCUCAUGAGACACACCACUAAUAUGCUGGGGCAAUUGGCUAGUGGUACAGUAUUUAUACCCAGGCUUUUAAUGAGGGCUGGAAGGGAUCCAGUCAUGAUAACCCUUUGGGUGAAGGCAAGACCUGGCAAAUCCAAACAGUAGCUAAGUACUAUAGGAUGUGUUAUUGUCUAAUGUGUGAAAGCUGCUCUAAGCCAGAGCACCCUGCAAGACAUAGAUACACACGUGUGUGUCCCCCAUCCCAAGUUUAUGGUGUUAUCUGCACACAGGAGCUCAGACAGGGUGUUAUCAAGUUGUGUUAAUUGAGGUCAUUUGCUUUGCUAACCUGCCCAACGGCACCAGCUCAGCACAGCUUGGACUUCGAUACAUGCUGCCUCUGUUUAUUUUGACUUUGUACAUGGGUCAGAAAGCAAAUCUUGAGUAAAAUGUGCUCUGGUUUAUGGUCAAGGCAAUGGCCAAGCUAAUCUAGAGUGAAGCAGAAAUACAAACAGAAUCACAAGAACAAGAGAACUUUGUCCAGAGAUGUUCUCUAGUGCAGACAAAAGUUCCCUUUCCGUGCUCGUUUAUGGAAGUUCAUGCUUUUGCUUUUGCAGAUUGGAAAAAUCUAUGAAAUGCGGAUGAUGAUGGACUUCAAUGGAAACAACAGGGGAUAUGCUUUUGUGACAUUCUCUAACAAACAGGAGGCCAAAAAUGCAAUCAGGCAACUGAAUAAUUAUGAAAUUAGGUAAGCGUUGUUUGUUUAGUAGUUUUGCAUAUCUCGCUGACACCUGCAAAGAAGGUUUCAAUUUGAAUAUAAUGCAUCAAAUGCAAUAAAAGUCGUGCUCUUUAAAACAAAAACAAAAAAUGGGAAAACUAAAGAAAUUGCCUUAUAUCAAGUUGGACUAUUGGCCUGCUUAGCUUAGUAUUGUCUACAGUGAUUAACACCAGGAGUAGGUGCUCCUUGCCUAAAACCAUGUGCAGCAGAACAAAGGGUCAUGUUAGUAAUCAGCAGCUGAAAAGCCUGUGGGCCAUGUCUGUAUGCCUAAGACUCCACAGCUGCCAACUAGAAGCAAGAAGGUCAUGGAGGAAAAGUGGCCUUUGUGGCAAAAGAGGGUUCAAGAAGGCCAGUUUGGGUGCAAGAGGAGUUGAUCCCCAACUCCACUGACAAAGUGAUACUUUGAGAAGCAUAGUUGGUGUCUAGAGAUGACUACUAUUACUACCACUACAACAAGAAAUUAUUACUAUUUUUGGUCACAGAAUAAAUACACAUCUGUUGAUUAUGUGUUAACUAGUGCUUGUUGCAUGUGAAACCUUAUCUUGUUAAUAACAUUAUUUUUGGUGAGAACUACUUGCAUGAGGAAAUUCUCUAGCCCAGGGAUAGCCAGUGUGAUAUUCACCUGAUGCUUUACUGCUCUCAUCAGUCCCAACCAGCAUAGCCAAUGGUAAGGGAUGAGGGGACCUGUAGCAAAGCAAAAUCUAGAGAGAACCACCCUGACUAUCCCUGCGCUAGGCUACUCUUAACAUUUCUCCUCUAAAAAAAGCACCUCUGAAUUUUAUUGCUAAGUAAUGAAAACUGGGCCCUUUAUAUCAGGCAUAGGCAAACUCAGCUCUCCAGAUGUUUUGGGACUACAACUCCCAUCACCCCUGACCACUGGUCCUGUUAGCUAGGGGUGAUGAGAGUUGUAGUUCCAAAGCAUCUGGAGGGCCGAGUUUGCCUAUGCCUGCUUUAUAUUUUUAAGGGCUGGUUCACUUGACUUCUGCUUGACUAACUACACUGUUCAGAAAGUUUGACAUGAGAACAUUGGCUCUAAACUGUAAUCAUGGGUCAAGAUUUCACAAAGAGCUAAGCCUGUUUCACCAUAAAAACAAACAAACCUGGAACUGUUGUUUGUAUGCAGGAAUGGUCGACUCCUAGGGGUUUGUGCCAGUGUAGACAACUGCCGUUUAUUUGUAGGAGGAAUCCCGAAAACGAAGAGGAGGGAAGAAAUUUUGGCAGAGAUGAGGAAAGUUACAGAAGGUGUCAUUGAUGUCAUUGUAUAUCCCAGCGCUGCCGAUAAAGCCAAGAAUCGUGGUUUCGCUUUUGUGGAAUAUGGAAGCCAUCGGGCAGCAGCUAUGGCAAGGCGGAAACUGCUGCCAGGUAAUCUGGAAAGAAAGGGGAUUUUAGCAUGUCUUACACUCUUCCCUUUUCUCCAUUCCUUAUGCCUAUUGGCUUUUAGCUAUCAUUUUUGCCUCUUUUAUAUAUAAUUUGAACAUGAAUAGUUCCCCUAGGAUUCAGUACAUUAUAUGCUAGCAUUUUAGGGUAAGCGCUAGCACAGUUCUGAUUAUUUCACAAAGUGAAGCUUCACUCACAGUGCACGCCUGAGCAAUGAAGAAAUCAAAUAGUAACUAUGAGAGCCUGUGUGUUCUCAUCUAUGUGCAAUCAAUAGCACAUUUUACAAUUAUGUAAAUUCAUUUUAGCAAUAAAUUUAAGUAGAGAAAACCUGUAUUGUCAAAAUCACCUACUUAAUGGGUUGUAUCUAAGUUACACUCAGAGUAGACACAUUGAAACCAAUGUACUUGAUUUCAAUGAACUGUUCUUGAGUAGGACUUAAUUGGACUUCUUUGUCCCAUUAUCUUUCAUUUGAUUUAUUGUCAUAGUUGUGGAAUUCUGAUUACUCCUCAGGAAGGAUACAAUUAUGGGGACAUCCCAUAGCUGUAGACUGGGCAGAGCCAGAGGUUGAGGUUGAUGAAGAUACAAUGUCAUCAGUCAAAAUCCUCUAUGUGCGAAAUCUUAUGUUAUCAACCACGGAAGAGACAAUUGAAAAAGAAUUCAACAAUAUUAAACCAGGUAAAUAAAAUUUAAAAGGCAGCUUGGUCAGAGUUGCUCAGAGUUUGUUGGUAAACUACUGUAAGAAUAAUAAACUGUUUUUAAAAAGUUCUAAAAGGAAAUAUUUUUUAUGUGGGAAUAUCAGGAAAGAAACAAAGCAUUUUCCAUGAAAAAUCUAGGAUUGAAAAAAGAAUACCACAAUUUACACGCUACUAUGAGAAUAUCAGGACACGGGUGGCGCUGUGGGUUAAACCACAGAGCUUAGGACUUGCCGAUCAGAAGGUCGACGGUUCGAAUCCCCGUGACGGGGUGAGCUCCCGUUGCUCGGUCCCUGCUCCUGCCAACCUAGCAGUUCAAAAGCACAUCAAAGUGCAAGUAGAUAAAUAGGUACCGCCCCGGCGGGAAGGUAAACGGCGUUUCUGUACAUUGCUCUGGUUUGCCAGAAGCAGCUUGGUCAUGUUGGCCACAUGACCCGGAAGCUGUCUGCGGACAAACGCCGGCUCCCUUGGCCAAUAAAGCGAGAUGAGCGCCGCAACCCCAGAGUCGGUCACGACUGGAACUAAUGGUCAGGGGUCCCUUUACCUUUACCUAUGAGAAUAUAUCUUCUCCACUUUCCUCUUGUGGAUCCAGAGCUAAACACUAGAAUACAUAUGCUAUAUAAUAUACUAAUAUAAUUUAGGAAAUAUAUAUAUAUAGGAAAUGUUUUAUUUUAAUAUAUAUUUAGGAAAUAUAAUAAAAGAAAAGAAAUUUAUUUCAUUCAGGAUGAUGCAUUAACUAGAAAACCCCCAAAAUGGAUAUUUUUAAUUGGAGAAAUUGGCAAUCCUCUGCAAAUUUGAAAAGAAAACAGAUAUGCUUUCUCCUACUCGUAUGAAGUUUGACUACUGACUGCUUUAAAUCGUAUGAAAUCUAAGAUGUUACUAAGUGCUCAGGUUUCAAAACAAGCAUGGAAUGUUCUGAAGAGCAAUAUUUCACUUUUAUAAAAUUCAGCAUUGCAUUCCCUUUCAAGAACUCAGCAAGCUCAUUCUUCAAGAUUUUCCCCCCAAAGAUUUCCUGCCCACCCUUCCAGCACAUAGAAGAUGGCAUGAGCAAGGCAAUGUCAUUCAUUGCAAUGUCAGGGGCCAGUGGUGUAGUAGUCGGAGAGCAAGACUAAAAUUAGAGGGGACUCAAUUCAAAUCCCUACCCAACCAUGAAGCUCACCUUGCACUAGUCACCAUCUCUCAGUCAAACCUGAGGAUAAAACUGGAGGGGAUAAAACACACACCAUGCAUGCCACUUUGAAAUCCUUAGGAGAAAUAUUUGAUGAAAUGAUAUAAUGAUCGAAUUGUCAGACCAGGACUUGGGACUGGCAUACCGCAUAACCAGCAUGCAGAUUAUUUUUGUGUUCUGACCUGUGCAAGUAACCAAGUUAUGGCAUUGUUGGUGGCUCCUCCACUCUGUUAAACUGGACUGCCGGCUACCAGAAGUUAGGAUUGUUCCAUAAACCAACUAACACUCAGAUUUGUUUAAUUGCAUAUGCUUGGAUGAAAGCUCACCCCUCCCCCUCUUUUUUUUUUUUUUUUGGUUCUGCAAACCCAGGACCUCAAUUAACAUUUUUAACAGACUGUACUCUCUGAAAUAAUUUAAUAAAAUAUUGCAUAAUCGGCUAUCAAAACAGAAAUUAACAGGCGUAAAACUUCCAUUCCAUUGCACAGAACUCUGAACACAAAUUCUCCAGUGGCUCGUUAUAGGCCCAAAGCUAUGAUACAAAAACUGAGUGAUAAGAGAAGCAAUUAUACUCAGCUUCAGAAGUCUACAUACUUAGCUACAGAUAUAGCUUCUGUGAGAGGAUAUUUUUUAAGCUUUAUUUUUCCUGAAGUUAUAUGUGUGUUUAUUCAAUAUUACAGUUCUGUUCCUUUGGAUUUUUACUCUUCCUCUAUCCCUGAGGGGUUCACAACAAAUUUAGUAGACAUAAAAUACUCAAGUGUUCAGAAAUCAAAACCACAGCCCAAACAUGUCCACCCAUGGCACCUCAUUCUACCAUUUUCCCAGUGCAGUGUGUUCAUCUAUUGUUGUGCAUUCAACUUUAAGUAACUGAGAUUAGACACAGGAACUUUGCUGGUAGUCGCUUCUGCUUCUUAUCUAUCAGCAAAGUGAUGAUUCGGGCAAGAGUUAUUGGGCAAUCCCCACUCAUCCAGAAAAUUGGGUUUCAAAUCUUGAGGAAAAAAUCUGGAACAUUAGGUAGUGAGGAUUAAGUAAGGACUGCAAACCUUCCCAUCACUACCCACCCACAUCCCCCUCUCUAACUAUGGACUUCUUCACCAUAAAAAUGUUUUAACAAUUUGAGAUAGUGUAGAAAUAUUUUGCUUUUAAGUUAAACCCUGACCUUCCUUAAAUUAAUUACAUCAGGCUGACAUCCACACACAAAAUCAGACCAUGUCUCAGAACUACUUUUCACAUGAACUUGGGGAGGGGGUGUCUUUAUGUUAACAUGAUGCUUCCUACUAGGUGGAUAAGCCAAUGUGCCAAGAGGUUCAUCAUACCCAUGUUAGGAGCACCUUUCUGCAGACCGAAGGACAAAAAUAAGCAAGACUGGGCACAUAAGUAAGUUUCUAUAAGUGGCCCAUGGCUUGCAAUGCCCAGUUCUAAUAUUUAUUUACUGUAGAAUAUUUUUUUUUUAAAAAAAAAUUAAUCAUAUUAGCAUGGCAGAUUAAUGACCAAGGACACAACUCAAGCAGACACUUUCCACUGUAGCAAUAUCCAAGACAGACCUAACCUCCAAAUCUUUUCUACAGGGUCAGUGGAACGGGUAAAGAAAAUCAGAGACUAUGCAUUUGUGCACUUUAAUAACAGAGAAGAUGCUGUUGAAGCCAUGAAAGUGUUAAAUGGGAAGGUAAUGCUGGAUUAAUUUAGUAUUGGCUAGAAGGGAUGUAGAGAGAGCUGCAUGUAUAUGGCAAAAUAAGAGUUUACAAUGUGUGUGUGUGUGUGUGUGUGUGUGUGUGUGUGUGUGUACAAACCAUAGCGCUAGCAAUGAAAGACUUGCCAGAGUUGUGCAUGUUUGACCUGGAUGGCUUUGGUUUACACUAAAGUUAUUUACUGGUCUUUCAAAUCUGUGAUACUUGUUCCAUUGUGAUGGUUUGGAUCUUGACACCAUUGCAGUAAGACUAAAAUCAUGCUUCCUAUUUAUGGUUCUAGAAUUGUUCCAAGUACCAGUGCAAACUGUUAUGCAAUUUCCCCUCCCUCUGGAAAGAACACAAGGUCAACCAUCAGAUUACAAUUCAUAUACCACUUGACUGCCACUUGCCCACUGAGCAAUCGUGUGGGCAUAUCCAAAGCACCAGGAAUGCAUGGUGCUGGCAUGGAGACUGCCCAUGCACUCAUGUGAUGGCAGGCUUUCAAACAUCAUAAUCCUCCUACAUGGACCCACUGUUAUAUGGAGACAUCUUCAAUAACCUUCCACAUGAGGGCUUUUAGAUGGGAAACAGCAGGGCCUGUAGGGGUGACCUCAUAUGAGAGGAAGCUCCAUACAGAAGGAAGCAUCCCUUCAGAUACUGUGAUCCCAGAUCAUAUCUGAGAUGUGAGAGGUUUAAUAUCUGCCACAGUAUUAGAGAGUGUAUUCAUGCAUUGAUAUGCCUCAUUUUUCUGUCAUGUCUUUUUUUUGUUUAAAGGUGGUGGAUGGCUCUCCCAUUGAAGUCACAUUAGCCAAGCCAGUAGACAAAGACAGCUAUGUUAGAUACACCAGAGGCACAGGAGGGCGAGGAACAGUGUUGCCAGAAUAUACUUAUACAUUUGGGCACGUAUAUGAUCCUACUGCAGCCUACCUGGGAGCCCCAGUAUUCUAUGCACCUCAAGCCUAUGCUGCUAUUCCCAACCUUCAUUUUCCCACUGCGAAAGGACAUCUCACCAACAGGGGCUUUAUCAGGCCACCAUCCAUCAGAGGUAAUGCUUGCUCACUGGAAGUAUAUAAUGUUACCAGUACAGCCAAAGUUCAGAGGAAUCUUGUUUACAUCCUUUGUAGCUUGGCAAGUAGUUACAUCAUUGCAGUAAAAAAAACCACACAAAACACCUGGGCACUUUCUCUCAGAUGGUAAGGCAACUAAAUAGUAGCUUCCAUAGGCAACCUGAGCGCACAGGUAGGUUGGGAUCAGGCAUUCCUUCAGGUAAGCACCAGAUAUUUGAACGGCGCUUGGAAAUAGAGCAAAAGUCAACAUUCUGUUGCAUACCUUCAGUUUGCCUUUAAAGGAGGAAUGUGGCCCUCCAGCCAGCAUAAUCAAUGAUCAGGAAUGGUGGGAGUUGUAGCCUGUCAGUACCUAGAGGGCGACAAAGCCCUAAAGCUUACUACAAUGGUUUCCCUUAAUACAGUUGUCUGUGCUACCACAUAUUUUAUUAUUAUAGUUCUCUAUCCUGCCGUUCCUCCAGCAAUCUGUGGCAUGAUUACCUAUGCUCACUUGAUCCAACUAUUUUUACCUACACUUUCCCACAAUUCAGCUGCACAUUGGGUGGUUAGCAGUGUAGACCUGUGUUGUGAAACAAGUUGGUUGUACACAAAAUGUGCAGAUCAGUUCUUGAUUAUGGGGAAGGUAGCUGAGGCAAUAACAGUUUUGGAUCAGUGUAAUGUCAAGAGCAGUGUUGCCACUAGGUUAAAUCAUGCCACAUUCUUCCUCUUAUAGAGGUAUGACCUGUAUUGGGAUAAUUCACCUUAACUCAGGAAUGAGGAACCUCCAGGUGUUGCUUUACUCACGCUCCCAUCAGCUCCAGCCAACAUGGCCAAUGGCCAAGGAUGAUGGGAGUUGUAGUCCAACAGCAUAUGGAAAGCCACAAAUUCUCCAUCCUUGCCCUAACAGUCUCUCUCUCCCCCCACCCUCUUAUUUUGCAUUCACAUCUAACCUAAGUACCACUUCUCCCAUUUAUGAGUCUCCACAUUAAAAUUAGGCUUUAAGCAAAUGAAAAUAAAAUUGCACAAAGAAUCUUAAACAAUGCAGUAUAUGUCCUCUAUAACUCAAUGAGGCUUACCUCUGAGUAGGCACAUAUAGGACUGCACUGUGAGGGAUGAAUUACUAAAUUACAUACAUGUGAGUGUGUACCAUCCCAUAAUCUCAGUUGGAAUCUGUGUUAGGAAUGGGAUGAUGGCAUAUAAAAAGAAGUUCCUAGUUUGAUGAAAAUGGGGUAAAAUGUAAACACCGAAACUGAUGAAUUUAAAUUUAUUCCUUUGUAUGUUGAUCAGUCUAAUUUGUAGCUAUUGCUCUUCAUCCAUAAAAUGGGGAUAGAUUUGAAAAUGGGUAUAAAAAAAUCAAAAUAAUCUGUGCAUGAGCUCAAUGGAAAGGUAAGCUUCAUAUUAAGCCAGACAGAAGAAAGGAGAUGAGGAGAGCAAUUUAUAAUUAAUAUGUUUUUACCCAAACCACCAUAUAUUCCGGCAAAUCACAAAAUGAAGACCUGGCUUGUAUUAUUAACAGUAUGCCUGGAAUUCAGUGCAAAAUGAUACUGCUGGAAGGAUGCACUUGUGGCGUAUACACUGCAGCAGGCUGCAGUUCCCCAGUUCACAUUGUUUUCUUGACUGAGGCCUUUUUUUAAAAAAAUGAACCUGAGGUGCCUGAAGCUUUGUUAGCUAAAAUUACAGAUACUAAAAAUAACAAACUCCUCCACAAGGUACAGUCCCAUCGGUGGUUGUGCAUAUCCAUGAACAUUAUUGCCCUUCACUUCAAAGGCAAUAAAGGGAUUCUGUGCUUUGCACAUGGCUACUUUUCAUUGAACUAUGUUCUGUAAACAUGGAAAGAGCACAAUAAACGUUAGUAUCAGAGGCAUAGGGCUGUAUUCAACUAAGUUCUACUGAGAGGAGUCACACCGGAAUUAAUGACCUAAGUCAGUCAUGUUUCUUAACUUCAAUGGGUCUCAUCUGAGUUGGACUAGCAUUGAAUGCAACCCAUAAAAGCUUUAAGCUUUACUCCACACUGGUGGGGCAAAAUAUAAUGAAGUGAUUGAAAAAUUGUCUACCCAGCACUGUCAAAAUCUGCUGCCUGAGCUCAGCCACAUCUCCUUAUCUAAGUGUAGGGCUGGCCUUGCCCAACAGUUGAGCUGGUCAUGGUGCCCAAUAGAAUUUUGUAUCACCAUCACCAGUCUCUGUAAUCAUGUGUCAGUGUGUGGGAUCAAAGUCUUCCAAUGAAUUAAGAAUCGGAGAUUUUCCGGUAAUUUGAUUCAGUUUAAUACCUUCUUACAUUCCUAGAAAUUUACAUGAAUGUACCUGUAGGGGCUGCCGGAGUUAGAGGACUAGGAGGACGUGGCUACUUGGCUAACCCUGCCCUGGGUCGUGCAUACCAGCUCAAGGGAGAGAAAAAAGGGGAGGACAAGCUCUACGACCUUUUGCCAGGAAUGGAUCUUACGCCAAUGAAUCAUGGCAGUUUAAAACCGCAAGGAAUCAAACUUGCUCCACAGGUGGGUAAGACAUAUUUAGAAUAAAUGAUGCUCCAGCUUUUGGCCAAUGCAUGUGUCUUUCUGUUAGCUCUAGAUACGUAAAGCAGAUGUAAAGAAAAAAUAAUUCCUGGGGUUCAUCUUUGUCUUCCCAGUGGCUAUGGGGUUUUUCCAGCUACAGUUUCUGCUUCUGCUUCAGCUUCUGCUUCUCUCUCUCUCUCUCUCUCUCUCUCUCUCUCUCUCUCUCUACCAAUUUUAUCAAGCCAAAUUUGAAUCUGAAAUAGCUGUCUUAAGGCUGAUAGAUCCAAUUGUUUUUUUAAGUAGAAAAUGUCCAUAAGAAAAAACUUUCCUCCAUUUUCCUCAUCUAUUUGUGGACAAACUGUGGGGAUGUUACCGGCUACUAGGACUGUAACUCAGUGGGAGAGCACCUGCUUUGCAUGCAGAAGUUCCCAGUUUCAAUUCCUGGCAUCCCCAGGCAGGAGCUUCUGCCAAUCACUAUAGACAAUGCCGAGAUGGACCAAUGGCCUGCUUCAGUAUAAGGCAGGUUCCUGUGUCCUAGAAGCUAGAGAUAAUCCAGCAGAGCAGGAGAUGGCCAGUUCAUCCCUUACAGAAGGCUUACUACUCAGCAAGAUCAGGUUAGGGUAAUAUAUGUAAAUAUUAUUUGUGGGACUGAUCCAGAAGGAAAAUGUCUUCCAGCCAAACAAUCUGCAAAUUACAAAUCAGGAUAGCUCUGAUGAGGUCAGAUUAAACAUUGUUUGCACCAUUGCACUGUGGCCUUUCUGAUUAGGUCUUGUAGACUGAUUUGGGUCUAUAGCCUGGAUAGGACCUAGAAACUACUCAGAGAAAGAUGCAAUGUGUUUAAUUUAGUUGUAGUCAGAAUCAGUGUGUCUCAAAUUACAAACUGUGUUUAUUCAGUUUAUUUUAAAUUGCUUGGAUUGAAUAAAUUGUUUUGCUUGCAAAACAGUGCUCUUAUCCUUUUUCUUGCACUCCUUCAAAAAAGUUGGUCCUAAGGGUUGGGGGUCAUUAGAGAAUAGCAUGGGGUCUGCAGAUGGAGGAAGGCAGCAGUGGAUAUCCCCCUCAUAUGAGCUGAAGUCACUUCCCAUGCCCUUUGGAUCCAACCCGUAAUUUAUAUCCUGCCUUUCCACCUCAAGGUCUAGACUUCAAGGCAUCUUGCAAUCCAUCAUUUUAAAAGAAUCAAUAUGACCAGCCUAAAAAGUAAUAAAAGUUAUCAGCCUAAACAAAAGACAAAACAAUUAACCAAGUCAAUUAGCAGCAGACAUAAAGAUGACAUAAGAUCAUAAUGUCAUGAACUAAAAAUCUGGAGAAAAAAUAGUUUUCACUUGGGUGCCUAAAGAAUAAAAGUGGGCUCCAAGCAAAUAUUUCCAGGAAGGAUGUUCUAUAGUGAAGUUUCCAUCCCAGAAAAUGUCCUGUCUCCCAUUGCUAUGCAUCUAAAUACAAUAGUAUGUUUGCUGAUCUCAAGAAACAGUGGCCCUGUAUCAAGGGAGGGCACAAAUAACCGGGCAAAUAGAAUGUAUUCAAAAAAUUUAAAGGAUGUGAUAUAGUUUCCAGACUGCAGUAAUGUAUUCUGUUAUUCAAUGGCUGCAUUUUUCAUUCUAGAUAUUAGAAGAGAUCUGCCAGAAGAAUAACUGGGGACAGCCAGUCUACCAACUUCAUUCUGCCAUUGGGCAAGACCAAAGACAGCUGUUCUUGUACAAAAUCACCAUUCCUGCCCUUGCCAGUCAAAAUCCAACUAUGUAUGUAACUACUGCACUUGCUGGGUUUAACCCUCGCGUUUGAGUGGGGGGGAGGGCUGUAAAGUUUUAUAAAAUAAAGGCAUUUGAUAUCACCACUAAUCCCUCAGUCAUACAAUGCAUUGUUUAGAAUAUAUGCAACUUGUGAAGAAGGGAAAACAUUAACAAUAUAGAUAAUUUAAAAUAUAUUUUUAAAAUACUUAGAGCUAGUUUCAACCAAUCAGUCCUACUAUCAGAAGCCAGUGUUAGGUCUUCCUCCAGCACAACAAGGCUUUUUGCCCCUUCUCCUCCCCUUGCACAUCCCACCCACUCCGAAAUUAGCUCAGGGGGCUCUGUGGAAACCCCAAAACAGCAUGUGGGAGCUGAAGAAGGGAGAUUGUUCCAUGUGUCAAGCUGAAAUGCUUGUGCUAACAGAACAAUCUCUUUAGUGCUCUGUUGAAUUCCACCCACAUAAAUUGUGGUUUGCCAUCAGGUGCAAAUUGUACAUACCCUGAACCAUUAUCCUCUCAAUUUUUUAAACAAACAGAUUUUCAGAGUUUGGGGCAUUGUUUAAUUAGUGGUUUCGGUGAUUCAGUCAAACAACAACACUUUAACAUCUUGCAUCAAAGGAUACGAUGGAUGUUUGCCAAGAUGCCAACCAUAGGAAAAUGAAAUUAAUGUUUACCACUGAUUUGCAGGCAUCCCUUCACGCCAUCCAAGCUAAGUGCCUAUGUAGAUGAAGCCAAAACAUAUGCAGCAGAAUAUACUCUUCAGACCUUGGGCAUUUCCAUUGAAGCAACAGAGGCCCCUGCGGCUACAGCAACUUUCCCAGGUAUGUUAAGGUUGUGCAAACAUUUUCUUCUCUGGGCUAUUUAACUGCACCUCAUAGGUAGCUCAGCCACAGUUGGUGGUAGAGAAUCUGCAGAAGAUCCAGGAUUCAAUUUCUGGCAUCUCCAGGUAGGGUUGGGAAAGAUUCCCUGUCUGCCUGAAACCCAGGAGACAAUGACCAAGGGGACGUGGGUUAAAAUCCCAACACAGCUGUGAGGGUCUCAUUGGAUGACCUUGGCCCAGCCACACACAGACUCAGCCUAAUGUAUCUCACAGGGUUGCCGAGAUGAUCACAAGUAUGCCACCUUCAGCUCCUUAGAGAAAAGCUGGGGUAUAAAUGUAACGAACAAACAAAAACUCAACAGAGUGACGUUCCCGGCUAUUAGCCACUUCAUUUUUAAAAGGCAAUUCUAAGCAGUGUACCUAUACUAAUAUUAAAUAAUUAUCAAUAAUGCACAGUAAAAACUUGUGCCACACCACAUGUUAGGCUCCCCACACGGUUUGAAAAUUGAUCUCUCAAAUAUGAGCAUGCAAAAUUCAUGAGCAUCUUUUCACUAGUGUGUGUGUGUGUGUGUGCGUGCGUGCGUGUUGUGCAACUUCUCUAUCUCUUGCUCUGUUUCCCCUCUCCCUCUCUGGCUCUCCCCCUUGCCAGGGGGCUGGUCAUUUCACUCGGCUCUCCUUCCCAGUCCUCACCUUUCUCUUUGGAUCCCAGAUGCAUUCUAGGGAAAUGAAGUUGGUGGGUGGCCAGCUGUUUACUUUCAUAGAGGCAUAGAAUUCUAGAGUUGGAAGAGAUCCCUGGGGGCCACCCCUGCAAUGCACACUUUACUUUGCAAUGCACACCUUACUACACACCCAGCAACCAGGUAAAUAAACACAGUGGUACCUUGGUUCUCAGACAGCUUAGUUGUCGAACAAAUUGGAACCCGAACACUGCAAACCUGGAAGUAAGUGUUCUGGUAUGUGAACGUUUUUCGGAAGCUGAACAUCCGACGCAGCUUCCUCUUGAGUGCAGGAAACCCUUGCAGCCAAUCAGAAGCCACGCCUUGGUUUUUGAACAGUUUCAGGAGUCGAACAGACUUCCGAAGUGGAUUAAGUUUGAGAACCAAGGUCCCACUGUAUUUUAAAAGAAGUCUCAGCCGGGGUCUCACAGGCACCAAGGAGGUCUCUUGUACUCAUUGCAGCACUCAUGGGUGCCAAAUGGGAGAAAGGAAGACUGUUUCAUAGCACACUGAUCAUAUUAUGAAUUAGCUAGUUAGAACGAUAUGAUUAUUUUAAUUAACAUAUUUUUAGAAUAUCUUUCGUAUACAGAAAGCUUGGUUAGGUAAAUUAGUGCAUAUAAGGAGCCGAGACAUAAAUUGAAAUAACAUUAUAAGUAAAGCUUUCUGCACUGUAUUUAUAAUUCUUUCUUUCACAUUACUGGAAAUAUGUGCCCAUUAAUAUUAAUAUGUGUUGAUUAAUAUGGAAUCUUUCAAGAACAUCAAGGCUUUUUUAAAAAAAGAAAAAAAAGUUUAAAAUCUAUCCAGUUUCCUGCCACAGAGAAAAAUCAAUUUGUCUAGGCUUGUUCAAGCUUCCGCAUUAUGUAAGAUACACUGAUGCUUUAUUGAACCCAGUGCCAUUUACGGCUUAAUUACAAUGACUUCUCUCUUUCCUUUACUUUCUGUUACACAUGACUUGGAAGACUGAGAGGUGCCUUUUCUCCAUUCCAGUUCAGAUGUCUUUGGUAGUCUGGGAACAAUCUCUCAGGUUAGCCAAAGCUAACGGAAAAUGCAUCAUUCUAAAGAAUAUUUUCUUCUACUUCUUGGUGGAAGAAUGGAGUUGUCUAGAUAUUCAUUGUCAAAACAGGGCUAAGUGUCAUUUAUAGAGGCUACAUAAGGGAAGGUUGUUAUUCUUUACUGUAGUGUUGGAUGAAUGUUUGGCCUCCUUACAGUCUAUUUACCAUUUUUAUGUGUAUAAAAAAAAGUGUACAAAUAGAAAGCAAGAUAAAACAAAUCAAGGCUGUAAUUCUACUGUUUUGAGUAGAGUAAAGGGUUACACUGUAAGUGUCAAUAAUUAAGGCAGGCGCUAUCAGUGAAAGCAAUAUAUGGCAACAGUAAAACAAAACUAAAUAGCACCAAUAGCUCUGGGAUGGCCCAGUUGGUAGAGUAUGAGACUCUUGAUCUCAGAUUUGUGGGUAACAGCGCCAUGUUGGGCAAAAGAUUCCUGCAUUGCAGGGGGUUAGACUAGAUGACCCUCGUAGCUUUGUUUUGGCUUGUGUGAUUUUUGUGUAUAUAAUUUAAGGGUUUUGUGUAAUUUAGGGUUGCCAUAAGCCUGGAAUUUCCCGGACAUAGCCAGGAUUUGGCCAUUGGAAACAGCGUCCAGGUGGAAAUCGCAUAUGCUUUUCUACUGUCCAUUGUACAACCAGCUAUGCAAACCCAUGCUACCCCCUUUUUUGGGUAGUCUAACAUCACAGCACAAUGAAAAUAUCAGAUUCUAUCUGUCUGACAUUAACCCGGAAGUAACUGCAAGGGUGGCUGAGGUGUUUGCCAAUAGUAUCUCUUAGAAUAGGGGAUGCGGGUGGUGCUGGGGGUUAAACCACAGAGCCUAGGACUUGCCGAUCAGAAGGUUGGUGGUUCGAAUCCCCAUGACGGGGUGAGCUCCCAUUGUUUGGUCCCUGCUCCUGCCAACCUAGCAGUCCAAAAGCACAUCAAAGUGUAAGUAGAUAAAUAGUUACCGCUCCGGCGGGAAGGUAAACGGCGUUUCUGUGCGCUGCUCUGGUUCUCCAGAAGUGGCUUAGUCAUGCUGGCCACAUGACCCGGAAGCUGUACGCCGGCUCCCUCGGCCAAUAAAGCGAGAUAAGCGCCACAACCCCAGAGUCGGCCACGACUGGACCUAAUGGUCAGGGGUCCCUUUACCUUAUCUCUUAGAAUGGUGAAUGGCACUAUUUAGCGGGAAGAAAUCCCAAUGAAAAUCCUCAUUAUUAUAUAUUUUACAUGGCUGUUUAAAGCUCAACAACUGUGCCAAAAAAAAGGCUCAACAACUUUUGUGUCUGGAUUUUCACUUUUUGAAAUACGGCAACCCUAUUAUAUUCAUUUUGUGGCCAAAUCAGCAAUUUCAGUUAAAUCAAAGUCCUUGAACAACAAUGUUGAAGUUGUUCCCAAAUAAAGAAGUGAAUAAAGGAUUAUAGUCAGUCCCUGCAGCUAUAGCAAAAUAGCCUUGUGUUUUUUGUUUUGUUUUUAAUGUCCCUGCAGGAUACAUUGCUAAUGCAACUGCCACAGUGACAGCUACUCAACUCAAGCAAGCAGUGACUCUGGGACAAGAUUUGGCAACCUACGCAACCUACGAAGCUUAUCCAGCAUUUGCAGUAGCUACUCGGAGUGAUGGAUAUGGAGCAUUCUAA